ACGCGCGAACGCCGAGCAGGGCGGCGGGCGCGCUCAGUCUGGCUGCGGCGGCCGUGCGCGAACGGACGUACCGGGAGCGCCGCAGCCGCCCGAGGCGCCAGCAGCCGAGCCGUGCCGCGCCGCGCCACCCGGGCCGUGCCCGCCCGCCCGCCAUGGUGUCAUGGAUCAUCUCCAGGCUGGUGGUGCUUGUAUUUGGCACCCUUUACCCUGCAUAUUAUUCCUACAAGGCUGUGAAAUCAAAGGACAUUAAGGAAUAUGUCAAAUGGAUGAUGUACUGGAUUAUAUUUGCACUUUUCACCACAGCAGAGACAUUCACAGACAUCUUCCUUUGUUGGUUUCCAUUCUAUUAUGAACUAAAAAUAGCAUUUGUAGCCUGGCUGCUGUCUCCAUACACAAAAGGCUCCAGCCUCCUGUACAGGAAGUUUGUACAUCCCACACUAUCUUCAAAAGAAAAGGAAAUCGAUGAUUGCCUGGUCCAAGCAAAAGACCGAAGUUAUGAUGCCCUUGUGCACUUUGGGAAGCGGGGCUUGAACGUGGCAGCCACGGCAGCAGUGAUGGCCGCUUCCAAGGGACAGGGUGCCUUAUCAGAGAGACUCCGGAGCUUCAGCAUGCAGGACCUCACCACUAUCAGGGGAGAUGGCACCCCCACUCCCUCAGGUCCCCCACCACCGGGGGCUGGGCGGGCCACUGGCAAACACGGCCAGCCUAAGAUGUCCAGGAGUGCUUCUGAGAGCGCUGGCAGCUCAGUGUGUACCUGCUGCUCUACCUGCAGGACCCGGAAAGUGGUUGAGGGAGAUGUGAAUGAGGGUGGUGUGAAGGCAUGGGAGCCCCACCAGGUCCAAAAGCCAUUGGCGUUUUCUGACGAGGAGGAGGAAGACCUGCUGGAUUUCAUGUACAAGUAUAAGGCAACUCGGAGGAUGGAUUUGCCCCUGGAGGCACCGCCUAGAAUCCCUCGAUCUCGCUUCAGGAAGAAAAGUACCUCAUCCUCGACCACUGAAACCACGUGAGUGAGAUGAGCCAACAGCACCGGAUCCACAGAAUGUUUCUUCUCUGCCUUAAAGAGCUAUUCACUAAUAACAUGGAAAUCACAAGCUGGGUGUGCUUUGAGUGUGCAGCCUCACAGACUUGGCCUUUUCUCUCUCCCCUCCACUUUUAAUAAUUUUUUCCCCUUUAUUUUGCUGGGGAGAGGCUAAAGAGAAAGGUAGAGGGGAGGGGGUGCCCUUUAAGUCUUCUGAAGUUGUUAAUUUUCCCAAUUGGAUUGUCAUGAUAGACGGCAGUGUGUUUUUAGAAAUACAAAAGAAUCACCCUUAUGCUGCUGAGAUGUAUAUAUGUAAUUUAUCUGUUGCAUACUUAGUUUUUAGUCCUGUAAAUGCAAACAAAACAAUUUUUAAAAACGUUUUUUGUUCUUGGUACUAAUACUUUGAACUAUGAUGUACAUAUUUAUGGCUUUUGGCUUCAUAUAAUGGACUUGCAAGGGCUUUCAGAGGUUCUGAUAUAUAAGAAAACUCCAAAACUAGAAAUACAGAAAAAUAUUUUGAUUCUAGAGAAUGUCUCAGAUGUGCUGACAAAGCUUCCAAACACAACUCUAGUAACACAUCCCCUUUCCUGUGGGAAGAUGCCCUAUGUUCUUCAGAUAGUUUAGUCAAAAAAACAGAAGUUAGGAAUAAAGAGAGACAAUAUUGUAGCUGAGUGUGAUGGCAGGUCAGGGGGAAACAUCCUAGGAUAAAUCACAGGAAGCUCAUUCCUCUUUUGAUUCAGGAUUCAAAUCCUUUCCAGGGAUUUAACUUUGCUGUAGGCAGGUGGCUCAUCCUUAGUCAAACUUCUUGGGGAUAGGGACUUGCAGAGCUGUUGCAGGAAUAAUUCUACGUUUCAAAAGUGUUUGGCAAAUCGCUAUUUCUCCUUCAUGGUAACCACUGCUGUGACUAAUUCCCCAGGUAGAAGAACCUAUAGUCUGAGCACUUUGCUUUAGAGAAUACUAAGCAAAAACAAACAAAAAAUACACAUAAAACAAGAACUGUACUGUUUCAGAUAUGCCAUGAAAUACAUCUGAGACACUGGCAAUAAUCAAAAUGGUGGAUUCUAGAGGUUGGGAUCUGUAUGGAUAAGAAUUUGCUCAGAUCCUUGGGCAGCUGAGGCUCAUACCUUCUGUUCCCUUCCUGACCUGUAUAGAAGGUGAAUGGAGGCAGACUCACACCCAAAGGCACACUAGGUCUUAUCGGGUGUCUUACACAAGCCUGGAUUGGUUAAUAGAGGAAUAAAGCACUGUUGGAGGGGUCUCCCUACUUAAGUGGAUAAUUUUACUGAAAAAGAAUCUGGUUUAACAUCAAGCAUGUAAUCCUCACACUCUGGGAGGCUGAGACGGAUGGAUUGCCUGAGCUCACGAGUUCAAGACUAGCCCGAGCCAGAGUGAGAUUCUGUUUCUAAAAAUAGCCUGGCACUGUGGUAGGCACCAGUAGUCCCAGCUACUUGGGAGGCUGAGGCAAAAGACUCGCUUGAGCCCAAGAGUUUGAGGUUGCUGUGAACUGUGAUGCUACUGCACUCUCCUGAGAGUGACAAAGUGAGACUCUGUCUCAAAAAAAAAAAAAAAAAAAGAAUCUGGUUUAAAUGGCACUGUGGUCUGAGGUAGCUAUUCUCCCCUGAGAGUUGAAAUGUAGGAAUAGUGUAUUUGUCCUUAGAGUUGGUGUUUUCUUUCAGUGUAAUGCAUGCAGUGGUCACAACCCAGUUACUCAUCAUAUUUGGAUCGUAUUUGUUUGUAGAUACGCCCUAAAGACUAGAGAAUUAGUGUUAUAUACCAUCCAGAACUUAAUGUCAACAAAGUAUAAACCGGCCCAAUUUCAAAUUUCCAUUACUGAGCUACGCAUACUACGUUAUCAUCAGAGGCCUUUGCUAAUAACACAUUAGCUGGGUCUUAGCCACCUCAGAAAGCGUUUUAUUUGAAGUUGAUUGCUGCCAGAUAUGCAUAUUGAAAUCCUUUCUUCCCAUAAUUCCUCUGAAGAUGAUUUUAUCAUUUACAGGAUAUAGGAAAGUAAACCUAAAAGCAAAUCUGUGGUUGACACAGCAAAUGGAGGCUGUCUGCUCACUCUCUGUGCCCCUCACCCACCAAUUCCCAAACCUGUGAAGGAAGACAGAAAAUCUGUUUUCUUCAAGCUCAUUGAAUAGUUCCAGAGAGGAAUAACAGACUUUUAAAAAUGUAUUUACCUGCUAGUUGGAGGUACCCAGAAUGCUCAGAAACAAGUACAAAAAAGCUUAAGGAGCUUCUUAGCAACUUUUUGCCAAAAUAAUAUAUGCCUUUAGCAGCAGAGUUUAAAAUCCUAUUGUGAACACCUAUGUUCUCAUCAUUUAUCAUAGAAAGUUAUAACAAGGAACAAGUACAGGCUAUCAAGUUUGCACUCAACUAUGCCAAAAAAGUUUGAAGCACUCUACUCUCAGACAUGCUGUAUUAUUUCUCAUUCAAGAUUAAAAAAUAUAAAGGUAUCCAAAUGCUGUCUUAAUGUAAAUGUAACUAUUUUUCCUUCAAGUGUUGAUUAGGGAGUUGGUUUCUCUCUUAAAGACACUCACUGUACAACUGCGAGCAGCUGUCAUACUUCUGGCAAAAUGUGUUUACUUAUCUGACAAGCUGUACAUUUGUGUAUGAACUGAUAAAAAAUGUGAAUACCUAUAAAUGUACGUGUAGUUGUGUGGUGUUCUGUCUAGAGGAUACAACGGAAUGUUUUUAAUUUGCUUCCUUACAGACACAGGCUGUUUACAAAAUGCUAGCUCAAAAGUCUGUAAUUUUUACGUCACAAUUUUUAGUUAACUGCCAUCAAGCACCCAUUCUGUUUCUAAGAAGGUGAGAUGUGGUCUUGUGCUUAUAAACUGAAGAGUUUAGUCAUAAUCCCACCUGGCUUUGUGUGAAUAGCUUGCUCACUUCACAGGCCUUUGAAAUAUGUGCUCUCCGUGGUAAACCAUCCAUGUGUUUGUGAUAAGAGUGCUUGUCAACUGUGACCAUCACUGAACCUUCCUAGUUCUUUACCCGGCACAGUAUUCGAAAUGGCAAAGGACGGGCUCAUCCUCUAACAGCAUACAAAGUGCUGAUGUUCUGAAUUGUGACUGUGCACAUUUCCUCUAGUUCAUUUCUGUAGUCCCUAUAGAAUGAUCUGUAAUAAAAUAGUGAUGCUGAACUGUGCAUCAAAGGGAUGUAAAAUUACAGUAUUCCAAAGGUUGAAGUUCUGCUGUUUUGUUACAAUGCCUGAUAUACAUCUUGAAUAAAGUCUUAACAUUUUUCUUUUAAAAAAAA